CGACCUCGCAGGGCAAAUGUUAAUGUUUUGCUCCGUUAUUUUAGAACCUUUCCUCAGAUUACCGGUCAGUCACUGAUUUCAAAGUUCCGUGACCACCCAUUUCCAAUAUCUGCUUCCAAUUUGAUAUUUUUCAUUCUGAUUCGAUUCUGGGUAUCGCCAAAUUUCUCGAUUUUCCGCAUAUUUUGGAUUUGGAGAGGUUUGAAGAAAUUACCGAACUUUGGAAGGAAAAACGCAAUCCCAUGAUGCAACGAUGCGUUGAUCAUGUUCUUGCUGUUACUAAAGAGAUGAGCAUGUUUAUCUGUUUGUUAGUGCAGGUCAUUGAAGGCAAUUACUUAUGAGUCCUUAAACAAUAUUGUGAGGCUAAUCAACGGAGUAUCAGCCCUUUUGUUGGCAUUACUACCUGGGAAAGCUAAUAUACUUGAAGGUAUCCAUGGUUGGGAACUCAGGCCAACUUUCCGUGGACCGCGAUUUCCACGGUGGAUGGAGAAUGGCGUAUCGUCUUUCAACCAGUUUAUCCAUGAACUUUCUGUGGAUUCUGAUAAUUCAAGCCCUGAAUACUCAUCCGGAGAUGAAGAUAGUGAUAAAUAUAGUGAUAGAUACGAUUACCCUCCAUCUCCUGCAUCUCAGAGUUCUAGAACCUCAGAAGCUGGUUUUACCAAAUACAGUAGGCAUCAGAUGGAUUGGAUCCAGUAUAUCUUGCUUUUGAUUUUGUUUCCUUUAAAAUUAUUGCUGUGGAUUCCACUUCAUCUUUUACAGUUAGUUUAUUAUGGGGUGUUAAAAUCCUUGUCUAUUUCUGGAAAUAAGCGGCCUCCACAUUUACAUGCGCAUAAGAGGGUGCUAAGCCUCAAAGAACAUAUUAUCCACCGUACUACUGAUAGGAGACGUGGAGUUGUAGAGGAUCUUUAUCAAGGCAUAGAACUAUCUAUAGAAGCUGUCUUUGAUGUUGUUCACAAGGCAGCACAUCUUCUUCUCUCCCCUUCAGAAGCUUUUGGGAAAUUAUUCAGAUUGUUUUCGUCUCAUGAAGGCAGUAGCUCUAAAGAAGAUCGUGAUAGUGUUGAGGACACCUCCGUUUAUACAGCUACACUAGGAGAGAAUGACCUAAAACCUACAGAGAGGAAUAUCAAGUAUCAGCCUCUUAAUACAGAUGCCAGGACAUGUCAAGAUGUCAUAACGGACCUUGGUUAUCCAUAUGAAGCCAUUCGUGUGAUCACUGCUGAUGGAUAUAUUCUUCAUUUGGAAAGAAUACCGAGGCGAGAUUCAAGGAAAGCUGUUUUUCUUCAGCAUGGUGUUUUUGAUUCAUCAAUGGGUUGGGUAUCUAAUGGAGUUGUUGGCUCUCCAGCUUUUGCAGCAUAUGACCAAGGGUAUGAUGUAUUUUUGGGGAAUUUUCGUGGUUUGGUUUCUCGGGAACAUGUCAACAAGAACAUAUCAUCACGUCAAUACUGGCGGUAUUCCAUCAACGAGCAUGGGACUGAGGAUAUCCCCGCUAUGAUAGAUAAAAUCCAUCAAGUGAAAACUGCUGAAUUGAGGCUUUCUAAACCUGAUAUUGAGGAGGAAACUGAUACUGUUCAGCCUUACAAGCUUUGUGCAAUUUCUCAUAGUUUGGGAGGAGCUGCUAUGAUGAUGUAUGUUAUCACGCAAAGGAUACAAGGGAAACCCCAUAGACUUUCAAGAUUGAUUUUAUUGUCACCGGCCGGUUUUCAUGACGAUUCUAACAUAGUUUUUUCUAUGGCGGAGCUUCUAUUAGUUUUAAUGGCUCCUGUUUUGUCUCGUCUUGUGCCUGCCUUCUAUAUACCAACCAGAUUUUUCCGAAUGCUUGUCAACAAGUUAGCCCGGGAUCUGCAUAACUUACCUGCAGUUGGAGGACUGGUUCAAACUUUAAUGAGUUAUGUUGUUGGUGGAGACAGCUCAAACUGGGUUGGAGUUUUAGGAUUGCCACAUUAUAACAUGAAUGACAUGCCAGGUGUCUCUUUUCGCGUUGCUCUCCAUCUUGCGCAGAUGAAGCGUACCGGAAGGUUCAGAAUGUUUGAUUAUGGGAGUGCAUCUGCCAAUACGGAAGUUUAUGGCUCACCGGAGCCGUGGGACUUGGGUGAACACUAUGGACUCAUUGACAUUCCUGUUGAUCUUGUUGCUGGACAGAAGGACAAAGUGAUAAGACCUUCAAUGGUAAAGAGACACUAUAAAUUGAUGAAGGGUGCUAAGGUAGAUGUUUCAUAUAAUGAGUUUGAAUAUGCACAUUUGGACUUCACCUUCUCCCACCGUGAAGAACUCUUGUCAUAUGUUAUGUCAUGCUUGCUGCUUGUGGAUCCUAAUCCUAAACAUCAUGCGAAUCAAAGGGUUCUAAGGUCAAGGAGGAAAGGACAGGUUGCAGCUAGCGGGUAGAUUAUGAAAAAAUCACAUACAGUUCAUACUUACUGAAGUACUUCUGCCAUUUCUUGCAAGAGUCUCUGUGCUACAUGCAUGUUUGAAUAUAGAGCUACUCUGUAUACUAGGGUCAUCUUUUCCUACAAAUCUGUUUUCCGUUUGGAGGAAAAAUAGACCUUGAAAAUAUGUUGGAAAUGUACAUUGUAAAAUAGUGUUCUGAUUAUCAAAACAAACAAAGGCAUUAGAGUCUAGAUUAAUGUUGUAUUACUAUCAUGUGUGUUGGUAGUUCACUAGUGUUUUGUCUUUGACAAUCUCAAGUUGUCAUUAGAUUUCCCCAGGCUCACUGAUUGCAGUGAUACUUCAAAAGAUCUCUCUCUCGCUCUCUCUCUGUACCCUAUGAAGAAUAUGAGAUUAUCUUCA